GUGGAAAAACCGCUCUAUAAGCCCAAGGGGCAGUCAGACUUAAGGGGUGACGUCGGCUGACCGUGUCACGGUCGCAGUGUAGCCGUAAGAGUGAACCCCGGAUUCCUUGGAUUCUACAGGGGCUCCGAGAGCUAGCGAGUCGGCGUUGGGCGACGGUGGAGGCGGAGAAAAAGUCCCCACAGCCCCACCCCGAGUUAGGGCCCUGGGCUACUGAACUCUGCAGCGCCCAGCCCGGAGCCCCCCCGGCCCCGAGAUGAUCUGCGCUCUGGCGGAGGUCACAGUGCUCGCCCUCCUUGAUGUUCCGGGCAAAGUAUAGUCCUGAGAAAGCCCACGGAGCCGAAGGAAAAGCCGGAAGGUCGCGGCCUCAGGGACGGUCCAGUCUCCCGGUCCCGUUAACCAGCUCCAGAGACACUGCAGAAGGAUUGGCAGACAGGGAUCUUUGGAGCCUGACCACCUUCCCAAUGGCUGACCUGUGGAAAUACCUCCCUGAAGAAUUACUCUCACUGAUCUUCCGAUACUUGCCCCUGCGUGACCGAUAUGCAGUUUCCCAGGUCUGCCAUGCUUGGGCCACUGCUGUCAACUCAAGCUCUGUGUGGUACAUCACAGAUAUCAGCUGCGAACCGGAGGCAGACACGGCUGCCUUGAAUUGUCUGUCCCCCUGCCUGGGUCAGAUCCGCCACCUGGGGCUGGAGUUUGAGCCGUCCAAGGAGGGGAGCCGGCGAGCAGCCACGGAGCUCCUAAGAGCCUUGGCCCAGCAGGGCCCCGGCCUGCAGGGACUGCGCAUUGCUUGCAGAGGCGAGAACCCGCUCUUCUAUUCUGGCCAUGACAUCCUGAGCGCACUGCUCCAAGUGUGCGCGGCUGGGCCACCGGGCCUGUGCACGCUCCGACAGCUGGAUUUCCGAAGCAUGCCUUUCACUCUGGACGACGGGCUAGUGCUGCAGGUGGCGCGGGCCUGCCCGCAGCUCCGAGGCCUCUUCCUCAACAACAGGACGCUGGUGUGCAACGUGCGACCGGAGACGGUGCGCACCGUCCUGGCUGCCUGCCCUCACCUGUGCGCUCUCGGCCUCUACUACGCCAGCCUGUCGGCGCAGGUACUGGUCGCCCUGGCAGAGCCGGGCCGCCCGCCCUUCCGGCACCUGGCCGUGUUCUGCGCCCGGCUGGACAAGUACGCCCAGGGCAUCCCCGACUUCGCGUGGGCAGCGGUCCGCAGGCGUCAUCCGGGGCUCGCAGUGGACCUGGAACUGGACCACUCGGUGCCCGACGAGCGGGUCACCCUGGUCCUGCAGCCCGCCAUCCCCGUGACCACACUGAGGCUCAACACGUUCGGCGAGGUGGCCGAGGCAGUGCGCCUCGCAGGCAGCCACUACGCCGCCACGCUGACGGCCCUGGUCGUGCGCGCCACAGCCUCGGCCGCCCUGAACUCGGCGUUGGAGGAGCUGGCCCGGGGCUGCGGCCACCUGCGCGAGGUGCACUGCUACUGUGUGGUGGCGCCCCAAGUCGUGAGCGCCUUCCUCACCCACUGCCCCUGCCUCCGCAGCUACACGCUCAAGGUCACUCGGGAACCGCAUCCCUGGCGGCCCAAGGUUGUCAGGUGACCAGCUUCAACCCCAGGCUCGGGGCUCGGAGCACCCCGAUUGGCAGUGCUGAUUCCCUAACCCUACAGCUAAUCGAGACAGCGUGUUGUGGUGGAAAAGAGGUCAAGGUUCAUACCCACCUCUGCCUCUUAUUUGCUGUGUAACCUAAGGCAAGCCCCUUCCUUAUCCUGGGCCUCAUUUUCCUUCUCUGAAAAGAAGAGGUUUGUGUUAAUUCACCUUACCCUAACUUCGUGGAUUUUAGGGCCCUUAGCUGUGAGAACAAGAGGAAGGACGCAUCUGUCCCUGUGUACUUACUAUGAGUACAUAUGGGGUUAGAACCCUGAAAAUCACAU